GUCCAUCCGUGGCGCCGGCUCGCUCCUGUUGGGCGAGAUCGAGCACCCGUCCCCACGGAGCGAAGGCGCCCGUCUUCUCGGGUGCUCGCCGCUGCCUCAUCUCGCAUCAUCCUGCAUCAUCAUGAGCAGCAGCGAGGGGGUUCGCGGUGCCCCGCAGAUAUAAAACCGCAGGCCUCGCCUAUCCGUAUCACUCGUCAGUCAAGCGACUUCAAUAACAUCUGCCUCCACCUCUGCGUCCUCGCCCUUUCUGCGUUCCAAACCCUUCCAUCAUGGCUGUCGAAAGCAACGUCGUCCUCGUUCCCCUCGACUCGACUUCGGCUCACUCCCAGGCCGUUCUCGCCUACUGUCUGGACAAUCUGAUUGCCCCCACCGACAAGGUCGUGGUGCUGCAUGUCGCCCAACACAGCCUCGAGUCCUCCGUCGACGACACCUACGAGCAAUCUGAACUCCAAGAGAUCGCCGAGAAGCUCAAGGCCAUGGCCACGACUAUCCUCAAGACUCGCAGCAUUGCCAACAGCGUCAGCGUCUCGGUUGCCUAUGGCGAGCCCCGCGGUGUCAUCAUGAUCGAGGCCAACGAGCUGUCUCCUCGAUUGAUUGUCAUGGGCAGCCACGGAAAGGGUGCUCGGCCGUGUCUGGGAAGCGUCACGAGCCAUGUUCUCCACCGAGCCGAGUGUCCCGUCAUGAUCGUCCCCAACCAGUUUGCCACCCAGGCAGCUACCACCAAGCGCACCGGAGCAACCUAUGAAAUCAACGUCGAGGCCUAGUCUGCAUCUGGCGCCACCCAAGUCGAGAUCUAUGACCAAGCAAUAGCAUAUCGUGCUCAUGAGGCUCCCCUGCCACCACUGCCGCCGCCAGCGUGGGCCUUGUAUCAUAUCUGGUGUUGUGAUGCCCAACCCCCGGCCCUUAGGGAUCACACAUGCGCGCAAAGAUGAUGAUGAUGAUAACAAUGAUGACGGUAUCGAUGUCGAAAUAUACUGUGCACCCGUUUUGAAACGA